AUGGAGACGUUAAGAGGUCUCUUCGUCAAGCCAGACCCCUCGGCCCAGGUGCGAAAAUGUAACAUGCUCCUCCGCCAAAAUAUGCGCAAGCUCGACCGCGACAUUACCCAAGCGAAGCAACUCGAGAUCAAGGCCAAGAACCUCAUCGUUCAGGCCGACAAGCGGGCCCAGAAGGACCCCUCGCGCAGGAAACAGGCCGAGAAGGACGCACGCGACUUUGCGCGCGAGCUCAUCCGCGCCCGCAAGUCGUCCGCGCGGCUCGUCACCUCCAAGGCCCAGCUCAACUCGGUGCAGAUGCAGGUGAACGAGGCCUUUGCCGUGCGCAAGAUCGAGGGCUCCAUCCGCACGUCCGUGGGCAUCAUGAAGGACGUCAACAUGCUCAUCAAGCUGCCCGAGCUGGCCGGGACGAUGCGGGACCUGAGCGUCGAGCUGAUGAAGGCCGGCGUGAUCGAGGAGAUGGUCGAGGAGACCCUGCCCGAGGACGACGCCCUCCUGGGCGAGGACGAGGAGGCAGAGGGCGAGGUCGACAAGGUGUUAGGCGAGAUCCUCAAGGGCAAGAUGGAGAAGACGGGCCAGAUGCCCAGCGCCCCGCCCCAGAAGAUCGAGGAGCCCGCGCAGCCUGCGGCCGUCGAGGAGGAGGACGAGGAGGACAUGGAGGCUACGAUGGACCAGAUGAGGAACAGGCUGGAGGCUCUGAGGAGCUAG